AUGGAUUCCACCCAGUCCGACGCCGACAAGAUCCGGGCAAAGAGACUCGCCAAGUUGGGAGGACAGGGUAGUGGGAGCGCAUCGCCUGCUGAUCAGAACGGAUCAGAGCAAACGCCAGAUCAACAAUCGACAGCAAUCCAACCUACAGCACCAUCGCAACCUACCGAGAAGCACGAGACUCCCUCCACGACCGCCGAGAACCCUUUUGCGAAGCUCAACGUCCAAUCAGAAACCGAGAAUAAGAAGCCAACCACUCCUCAAAUCAACGUAAAGCCUCGACCUACCUCACCUGCAAAGCGAGAACGAGAUGGAUCUGAGCGGCCGCGAACGAGAGUCGCGGAGCGCCCAUCCGAGAGCUUCGAGUCGUGGCAGGAUAGAAACCUACGCCAGAUCUUCAGAGUCACAUUGAAACCAGAAGAGCUGAAGGAUUCGCACGGCAACAAGCUCACUCAUAUCCCCAACACGAAGGAAGAGCUGGUAGAGUCGAACAAGUCGCUAUUACUCAGCACGGACGAGUUGGAGGGUGUCAUCACAGAGGCGACCGGUCAGGUAGCGGCGACAAAGAGGUUCGAAUACUUGCUGCAAUGUUUCAAGCGGGCAUCACGGGCCAUUCGGAACAGCAACUUCAGCGGACAGGACGAUCCUAAGCAGAAGAUUCUCAAGGAGGCGCGACGCAUGAGCAUGAGCUACAGUGUCUUUGCUGUAACUAUGCCUGAGAUGUUCGGAGACGAUGUCCCAACCUCAAAUCGGCUGGUUGACCAUCUACUGGCGGAGCCUGAAUGUGAUGUCGGCAUCUGCACAGACUUCCUGACCGAAGCGAGUAGUCGUUUCGAUGAGGAUGACACCAUCAAAGAGGCGAUUGUAGGCGCGGCGGAGGAGCUGAGCAGGCAGCUUGCGGAGAAAGACAUGUUGGGUGAAUACCAGAACUAUGUUCGUGCUCUGCGGAAUCUGCUCAGAUUUCCCAAGAUCGUUGAAGCUAUCACGCAGUCUCCCAAGUGGGCACCUGAGGGCGUCAAAGCGCAGGAAAUUGAAACAAAGACGAUGCUCGGGCCCUUCUUCCGACUGUCGCCCAUGCAGCAAGAAGUAGCGAACAACUACUUCUCUGCUCCACGAACUCGAGACAGGGGCUUCAUUGCCAACGCCCAGAACGCUGUGCGUAUGACGCUGCGGACACACCAGAGCGAGCUGUUCGAGAUCACCAAUGGAAUCGUUCGAUCUGGACCUGCCAACCGGGAGCGCAUGCUUGACUGGCUUGCUCUUUGCGUCAACCUGAAUCACAAGAAGCGGGCGAUGCGUGUCGACUACCGCAUAGUCUCCAGCGAUGGCUUCAUGGUCAACGUUACUAACGUGCUUGACCAGCUGUGCGAUCCCUUCAUGGAUGCCAAGUUCGGCAAGAUCGAGAAGAUCGAUGUCGACUAUCUUCGCCGCAACCCUCGCGUCGACAUCAGUGACGAGACGAAGAUCAACGUGGACCAGAAAGCUUCAGACGAGUUCUACUCAAACAAAGCCGAAGGAACCAACAACUUCAUCUCUGAGAUUUUCUUCCUAACUGUUGCGGCACACCACUACGGGACCGAAGCAGCUCAAACUCGGGUCGCGAUGAUGCGCAAGCAGGUUCAGCGAAUGGAGAAGGACCUUGUGCAGUUCGAGGCAGAGCGACAUAAAUAUGUCAACGACCCACGGUAUCUUGCGCGAUACGACGCCGAGCACGCGAGAUUCAAGAAGCGCAUCGACGACGACUGGAGUACGAUCCACGCCACUACCGGCGUUCUUGUCGACGACCUCAACCAGGCCCGUUCCAUGCAGUUCAUGCGAUAUGUCAUCGUCUGGUUGCUGCGGAUAGCGUCAGGACAGAACCUGCCUAAGGAGCAGAUCCAACUGCCGCUCCCACAAGAGCAAUCACUGGUCUUCAAGAGUCUGCCGGAAUACUUCCUCGAAGACAUCGUGGACAACUUCAAGUUUAUCACAUCGCACAUGCCGCAAAUCAUCACCCCACAGCAGAGCGAGGAGAUUCUGCAAGUUUGCGUUACUUUCCUGCGAAGCAGCGAGUACGUGAAGAAUCCAGGCGUCAAGUCUGGCCUUGUCACGAUUCUCUUCUACGGCGUGAUGCCCUUCUCAAACCAUGCGAGAGGUGUGCUCGGCGACCUUCUCAUCGGCUCAUCGUUCGCUCACAAGCAUCUCUUACACGCCCUGAUGAAGUUCUACAUCGAAGCUGAGAGCACGGGCACGCACACGCAGUUCUUCGACAAGUUUAACAUCCGAUACGAGAUAUUCCAAGUCAUCAAGAAGAUUUGGGUUAACACCAUGUACCGGGAGAACUUGGCCCGAGAAGCCCGUGUCAAUACGGAGUUCUUCGUCCAAUUCGUCAACAUGCUGGUCAACGACGCCACGUUUGUGCUUGAUGAGAGUCUGAGCGCUUUCAUCAGGAUCAACCAGCUCACAGCUGAGAUCGCUGACCAGAAUGUAAUGCGUGAGCUGACUGAAGAUCAGCGUAAGGAGAAGCAGGAACUUCUCGAGGAUCAGAAAGGCAAGGCCAAGAGCUACAUGCAGCUGACUCGCGAAUCUAUGGAGACAUUGAUUCUCUUCACGGAAACACUGGCGGAGUCCUUCACCAUGAAGGAGAUUGUCACUCGUCUUGCUCACAUGCUGGACUACAAUCUGGAUCUCAUGACGAGCAAGAAGCAGACUACGCUCAAGGUCGAACAUCCCGAGCAAUACGGUUUCAACGCAAAAGAGCUACUCGCCGAUAUCAUGACGAUCUACACCAACCUGGCCGAAAAGGAGAACUUCAUCAACGCCAUUGCCGACGACGGUCGAUCAUACAAGCCCGAGAACUUCGAGAAAGCCGUCGAGGUCAUGGGUCGCUUCGCAAGAAAAUCGCCAGAAGAGGUCCGCAUCUGGAACGAGCUGGCCAAGAAGGUCGCAGAGGCCAAGGCUGCCAUUGAGCAGGAAGAGGAGGACCUUGGCGAGGCUCCAGAAGAGUUCAUGGACCCGCUCGUGUUCGACCUCAUGACUGAUCCAGUCAUCUUGCCCCUGAGCAAGAACACGGUCGAUCGCUCCACGAUCCGGAGUCACUUGCUCAGCGACCCCACGGAUCCUUUCAAUCGGACGCCGCUCAAGAUUGAGGAUGUGAUACCGAAUGUGGAGCUCAAGCAGCAGAUUGAUGCGUGGAAAGCGGAGAAGAAAGCACAGAAGGCGGCGAGUAGGAUGGAUACGAGCGAGGGAUGA